AUGUUUCUGUCUUUUUAUAUUUCCUGUAUACAUCAAUCUUUUUCUAUUAUCUAUCUAUCUAUCUAUCUAUCUAUCUAUCUAUCUCUAUCUAUCUCUGUAUGUUUCUGUCUUUUAUAUUUUCUGAUAUACAUCAAUCUUUUCUAUCUAUCUAUCUAUCUAUCUAUCUAUCUAUCUAUCUAUCUAUCUCUGUAUGUUUCUGUUUUUAUUUCUGUACAUCAAUCUUUUUUAUCUAUAUCUAUCUAUCUAUCUAUCUAUCUAUCUAUCUAUCUAUCUCUGUGUUUCUGUUUUUAUAUUUCUGAUAUACAUCAAUUUUUCUAUCUAUCUAUCUAUCUAUCUAUCUAUCUAUCUAUCUAUCUAUCUAUCUAUCUAUCUAUCUAUAUCUAUCUCAAUAUGUUUCUGUCUUUUAUAUUUCCUGAUACAUCAAUCUUUUCUUAUCUAUCUAUCUAUCUAUCUAUCUAUCUAUCUAUCUAUCUAUCUAUCUAUCUCUAUCAAUCUUUUCUAUAUCUAUAUUUAUAUCUAUCUCUGUAUCCAUCAUAUCCUAUCUAUCUAUCUAUCUAUCUCUAUCUUGUUUUCUAUCUUUUCUAUCUAUCUAUCUAUCUAUCUAUCUAUCUAUCUAUCUAUCUAUCUAUCUCUGUAUGUUUCUGUCUUUUUAAAUUCCUGAUAUACAUCAAUCUUUUAUCAAAUCUAUCUAUCUAUCUAUCUAUCUAUCUAUCUCUGUAUGUCUUUUUUUUAUGGACUAUUAUUCAAUCUAUCUAUCUAUCUAUCUCUAUCUGUCUGUCUAUCUAUCUAUCUCCUGAUCUUUUUAUAUUUCUGUAUUCAUCUUUUCUAUCUUCUAUCUAUCUAUCUAUCUAUCUAUCUAUCUAUCUAUCUAUCUAUCUCUGUAUGUUUCUGUCUUUUUUAUAUUUCUGA